CGACGGCGGGCUUUACUUCAGCUCACUGGAUCUCAUUCCAACCUGUCUUUGUCAAUUAUACGAUGCUUACCUCGAGCGUUGCAUUGAACGGAUAUAUCGGUGUGGAUGAUCGGAUCUAGUGGCCUAGCAAUUCUACAAAAAUUGACCUCGUCCAUUGUAUCUGAUUCCCUCCCCUCACUUUGAACUCCAGAUUCCCCGGAAGCUGCAACAGUACGGGUCAAGGGUAGCUACAUAGUCCACAUAAAGUGAAGAUGGAACAAAAUGACAGCCUUGCAAAGGUCACGAUCUGUGCAUUGCCCAACGAGAUCCUUUACUGCAUCCUAGAGCACCUGUGGACAGAAGAGAUAGUCCAUCUGUCUACAGUUUCUCGACGGUUUUAUGCGGUCGUCGCCAGCACGGUGCGUCAACGACUUUGUACCAUGGUAGGCCUGGAAAAGCUUUGGGUCGGCCUCAUAUACUAUCCCCCGCAACAAGGCUUCAGCUCGUUGCUCUUCUGCCGGUACCUCGGCAAGAGAACACUGGAAGGAACAUACCACAAAGGAGAACUGUACACCGAUAGCCGUCAAUUCACCAUGGGUUACUCACGGUUUUGUCCUGAGCCCCAAAAGAGGGCCGGUAAGGAGAACACAGAUGCAUCGACCAACCAUGAGGAACAUAGCGCUCAGGGUUCAUCUGACGAGCCUUCUGCCGCCGUCCCCAGGCCCUUUGUGAGAUGGCUUACCACUCUAGAUGAUUUCGAGCCGUUUUCUCAGCUUUGCGUUGACACUCAUCUCUUCUGGAAGUAUACCGAUUCGCAAUGGAAAACAAAUCAGGCGCAUAUUGAAGACGGGACGGCGAGGUUCUGGCGCAAGUGGCUGGAUGAUCAGCUGGAGGCACAUUACUCUCGUCCGCCAACUGACGAGCCGCAAGUGCUUGAUAAUUUCAACACGGCAUGUUCAACGGAGCCCGAUCCCGAAGGAGAGCGGAUCAUUUGGGUAGGAACGAAUGAAGACAUUGGCUUGAAGCUCCGGGUGAUGGAUAAAGCCCAGGAUGAUCCCUUCGGGGAAUCGGCAAGUUAUGAGCUGCUGUUUGAAGAGAUCCUUAUUCGAAACAACCGAUUGCUCCUUGCUCUCGAGCGUACCCAAAAAGCAACCGAACGGUUCAUGCGCGAUACCUACCGUUACUUUUCGUUGAACAGCAGCCUUGGGCCUCCAGGCCAUGCGGGAAACUAUCUGGUCCCAUACAUUUGA